AUUUAACAAGAUAAAUAUAUGACCAAUAAAAUGGUUCAGACAGCUAAUUUACCAAAAGAUAAUUAUGAGUUUGUGAAAUGUGUGGUGGUCGGUGAUGGUGGUGUUGGUAAAACAUGUCUGACAUGUGCCUGGUCAGUUGGCACUACAUACAAGCUUGAAAGUCUGGUCAAGUCACAUGUAUCUACAGUGUUUGCUAUUGAUCAUUUCAUCAAAGACAAACAGGUAUCUGACAGAUCUUGGUGUAAUGUGGAUGGGGUACCAGUUUGUUUACAUCUCUGGGAUACAUUCGGUUACCAUGACAAAGAUAGAGGAUUUGCUUAUAAAGGGGCAGAUGUGGUUUUGCUUUGCUUCAGUGUUGUCAAACCUUCAUCAUUAGACAGUGUUAUUAGAUUUUGGGUUUCAGAGAUAAAGUCAAAAAGUAGCACAACACCUAUAGUGCUGGUUGGUACCCAGGCUGAUAUGAGAUACAAUUGUUAUGAUGAUGGCUACAAAGCUAUGGACAAAGGUCUGGUAUACAAGGAAGUAAAACCAGAAGACAUUAUUUUACCAGAAAAAGGGAGAACGGUGGCAAAGCAGAUAGGUGCACCAUACUAUGAAACAAGUAUUUUAACACAUCAUGGUGUGGAUGAUGUCUUUUUUAAUGUAAUCAGGGCAGCCAUGAUUGAAAGAAGAAAGAUCAAAUUUUGGAGUCCACAACUUCGCAGAAUAAAAUAUCCACUUAUCCAAAAGCCAAUUGAAUGGCCAAUGCGAUUGUUUCCAGAGAUAAAAGUCCCUGAGAGUACAAUAAAUGAAGAACUUGCUGAGAUUCUUACCAGACAAAAUGUUGGAGAUAUGUUGGUUAGUGUUCGGGAUGUCUGUUUUAGAGCUGAUAGGGUAAUACUGGCUUCCUCGUGUCAAAUGAUUGAAGACAUUUUAAUGGCAGAAUAUUGUAGUCAUGACAACUCUGAUGUAAAAAAUUCUGAGACAUCACAGCAUACAGCAUAUUGCCAUGACAUAAAAUUGCCAGGAUUUGAAACUAUUGAAUACAAGCAGUGUAAAGACCCAUUUAAUAGGAUGCAUGGAGAAAUGAUAACUGUAUUAACCAUGGCAAGGGAAAUAACUCCUCUUGCUUUACAAUAUGUUUUAGAGUAUUUAUAUACUGGCACAGCAAAAGAAGACUUUGACAUCUUACCAGAAGCCAAAAAAGCUGCUGAGCUUCUCCAAUUAAAGGAUUUGCUUUUACAGAUUUCUAAUCUUCAAUCAAAUGAAGGUUUCCUGAAUUCAAAGUUACAAAAACAAUUUAGGCAUGAUAGGUGUGAGGUGUUAAAGAGAUUAGCAAUUGGGAAAGGAGCAUUUACAGAUGUGAAGUUUUCAUUGGAUGAUGAUGUAGUAAGUGCCCACAAACCAUUAUUAAUGGCACGUUGUGACAUGAUGGCUGCCAUGUUUACAGCUGACUUCCUAGAGGCUUCAGCUGCUGUGAUCCCCUUACCAGGCGUGACUGUUGAUGUGUUCAAGGUUUUACAAGAGUUUCUCUACACUGGUUGUGUAACAAAUGUAAUGGAUGUGGAUUGUUUGUCAUUGAUAGAAGUGGCCAACAGGUUUUGUCUUCCAAGGUUUGUCAAGUUGAUAGAGAAUGCCAUCGUAGAACAGUUCCUGAUGUGGGAUGACAAGAAAGUCAACAUUUUAGAGGAUGUCAUCCUGUUGAUAGAACCAGCACAUUUACAUAAUGCCUACCAGCUUGCUGCAUGGUGUAUGGAAUAUGUGUGUCAGCAUUAUCCAAAUGCAUGGAAAUAUAACAAACACUACAUGCAGGCAUUAUCUAAAGACAAUCUCAAAUUUUUGGAGAUAAACAGAUGGCCUCCAGCAUGGUAUGUAAAUGAAUGUGAGGUGUAUAACAAAGCUAUCAAUGAAGAUGACAAGAAGAGACUAAUGCAGAGGCAGGCACAGUUCUCCCGGUUGCAACGUUGUACAACAGCAUGUCUUUGCUUCAGACGAAAUGCAAGAUUUUCAUUUGAAGAUGCUGAUGUUGAAGAAGGGCGGGGUUGAAUAUGAAAAAAGAUUCCCUAUUUUUUAUGAUAAAAACCAGUUGAUCAACAAUAACAGUAUUUUAUUGGUUACCAUUUGAGGUUUGCUCAUCUUUAGUUGCCAUGGUUACUGUAUCUGGUUUGUUCAGCAUAGGUUGUCAUGGACCAUAGUUUCAAUUUAAAAAUGUUCAGCUUUACUGAUAUAAGUAGUAGCUAUGGAAGAAUUUGAAUACUUAUUAAAUUCAAUGUUCCUGUGAAUUAGAUGAUUUGAUAUAAGUGAUAAUUUACUAAAAUUUUAUUAUUCAGAAAAAUGCAAAAUAUUUUCUUCAAAAUUAAUUUUAAAGGAAAUAGGAAUUAAAUAAAGAUAUAAGCUGUCAAUCUUCCUUUUAAAGCAAAUGACCACAUACUUAGUAGAUUAGAUUGAUUAAUGUGUAUUAGCUGAACAUGUUCUUGAAUGUUCUGAUAUUGGUAUAAAGGCUUAAAGAAUCAGAAGCAAUAGUAUUGCAACAUGAAGAGUAAUAUUAUGAAGAACAUGAUUGUUUAUAUAGUUUGUUUUAAGUUACAAUAAAAUGAGAUGGGACUAUUCAAUGGAUUUAGUAGAUAUCACUAUUAGAAUAUUAUAUUGUAUGAACUUGUGAGUGCAGUUAAUCUUCUAUGUUAUAAUACAUUAUGUUGAAAAGCUGGUGUUUUAUUGGUUAAUAUAAGGGGAACAUUCUUAACUGCUCUAGCACGUGACUCAGUGGUUUAAUAAUAUUUGUAACUGUAUUAACCAGUAAAAAAUGGCAAAGAAAAAAUCUGCAAUAUUAAAGCAAUAACAGAACAAUUUUUUUAAAACAUAGCUGACAAGAUGAUGGAUCAAAUUGUUACCCCUUCUCCUCAGUUGGCAAUAUUUUUCUCAGGGUAAAAAUCUGCUCUACAUAAUGGUACUAUUCACCAAUUUUAAAAUGACAAAAACUUUAUAGUCUCUAUGAGUUAAUACAGUUAACAUAACAAAUUUCUAGCAAUAUUGCACAUGAAAUAUAGUGGAAUAUUGCCACUGACUAUUUGUCAUGUUUGCUAUACAAUAUAUUAAUUUAUUAAA